AUGCAUCCUCUUCCUGCUUCUCGAUGGCUAGCAGCACUGCUGCUGGCCUUGCUCAUUGUAGCGUCUCCGAUCACAGCCCGUAGCACUCGAAGCGGACCGCUGCAACGCAUAGCCAGAACCAGCAAUAUCAAGGUCGAGCGAAUCCCUCGAUCGGAACACUUGCACCUGCAAGCAAGAUCAGAUACUGGAUCAUCACUCCGUCUCAGCUUUCGUGCUUUUCAGCAAGACUUCCACCUCCAUCUGCAACCGAACGAGCACAUGUUGCAUCCCGAUGGCACCCGGGUCCGAUACUUUGGCGUGAACGAGACAACAGGCGAAAGCUACGUUGAAAGCUCGGAAACACUCUAUCCUGGUGAUGUACCCGCCUAUCAUGGCGUUGUUGUACAUUCUUCGUUUUCGCCUCGUCGUCUCGAAGAGGACAGGGCUGGUGUUGCCCGUGACAUCUACCAGGAUCACGAUCUUGGCGUCGUCGGACGAGCUGCCAUUAUGCUGCAUGACGAUGGUUUGGUCUCUGGUGCACCAUCUUUUUCAGGCAGUUUCGAUUGGUUCGGCAACGUCCACUAUAUCGAAACGCCUCGCAGCUACAUCGCCAAGCGCCAGGCGCAAGAUCCAUGGCUUGAGUCACGCUCUUCGUCAUCUGGCUCGAUGGUCGUUCAUCGAGACUCUGACAUCACUCUUGAGCCCAGGGACGACACAUUCACGACCAACUUUACCGCUUCCAUGGCCUGCAGCUCGGACGUGCUCGAUUACAACAGCCACAAUCGAUUGGUGCUGAGCGACGACACCAACGAUGCAUCGAGUCUCUCUGUCUACUCCUUCUUCAAGUCGCCAAUACCAGCUCGCCUCUCUCGCCGCGAACUCUCUUCGGGCUGGAACGACUUGUUUGCAAGAUCCAUCCAGGACGACAUUGUUGAAACUCCACAAGCGUCAUCCGACGCUUUUAUCUACCACAAAGCCUUGGAUGACUAUCUGGAACCCACAUUUCAAAGGAGGCAAGCCACAGGCAACGACAUUGGCAACGGUAACAACCAGACCAACAGCUUUGAAAACGUCAUUGGAUCCACCGCAGGCUGCCCAAGGAGCGCUCGUGUGGUGUAUGCUGGCGUCGCUUCGGACUGUGCCUACACCGAGCGCUUCGGCACUCAGGAUGAUACACGCCGUGAGAUCCUCAACAACAUGAAUUCGGUCUCAAACUUGUACAGAUCCACGUUCAACGUAUCGAUCGGCGUGGUCGAACUCGACGUACGCUCGGCGAGCUGUCCUAGCUCCGCCACGCAAGAUGCCCCAUGGAACCUCGGGUGUGGCACCAUCACCAUUGACGAGCGUCUGAGUGACUUUUCGCGAUGGAGAUCACAGCAGCCUGGCAACGGCAUCGGUCUGUGGCACCUCAUGACGGCAUGCAAUUCUGGCCGUGAGAUCGGCGUCGCCUGGCUCGGCACCGUGUGUAUGACUGACGCAUCCAGUAGCAGUGGUCAAACUGUGAGCGGAACGGGUGUCAGUUCGCUUACCACUCAGCAAUGGCAGGUCAUGGCGCACGAGAUGGGCCACAAUUUUGGUGCCAUCCAUGACUGCACCAACGGCUGCACCAGCAACUCGAACUUUGCUGUUCAGAACGGCGGUGCGCCGUGCUGUCCCUUGUCGGCUACAACGUGCAAUGCGAAUGCACAGUACAUCAUGAACCCUUCGUCGAGCUCCAACAUCCAGAGCUUUAGCCAGUGCUCGAUCGGUAACAUAUGUUCGCUGCUUGGACAGGGCCUCGAUACCUCGUGCAUCCAGACGCCUGGCCAGCGCAGCACCCUCAGCACUCAGCAGUGCGGUAACGGCAUUCUCGAACCGGGCGAGGAGUGCGAUGCUGGGCCCAACGGAUCGCAGUGCUGUACUAGCCAAUGUAGGCUGGCAUCAGGUGCCCAGUGUGAUCCUGCCACGAGCGCGUGUUGCUCCAACUCGUGCACGUUUGCACCAUCGUCGCAAAUGUGUCGUCCCGCUGUUGACGAACGCUGUGACAGCGCCGAAUAUUGCACAGGCACGUCGGCCGAGUGCCCCGCCGAUGUGACCAAGGACGAUGGUAGUUCAUGCGGUAGCCGGCUGUCUUGCGCCAACGGCUAUUGCACUUCGCGCGACCUUCAGUGCCAGCAGGCUUCGACAGGUCAGCUCAACUUCCAAACUGCCUGUUCGGCCUCGAACGCCAACUCGUGCCAGCUGACGUGCCAGAGCCCCAACUCGGCCAACUCGUGUCUGAUUCUACAGCAACCUUUCAUCGACGGCACCAGUUGUGGCUAUGGCGGGCGAUGCAAGGGUGGCGAGUGCAAGUCGGGUUCGUGGCAGAACACGUUCCGUAGUCUGUACAUGGACAAUCUGCGGAUCUCGAUCCCCGUUACCAUUGUCGUUGGUAUCAUUGUGCUGCUGAUCCUGUUUUCCAUCGUGCGUCGAUGCUGCUGCGGUGGUCGACGACAGAGGCCGGCCAAAUCUUCGGGUCGAAGACCCUUCCAGAGGUCGCACGGCAAUGACUACAAUGGUGCAGCCUACAACGUGCCUAUCCCUGAAGGAACACCCCAAGGGAGCCAGAGCAGCUCUCAAGUGCAAGGAGCCUAUGCUGCGCCCUCGUUUCCACCACCGCCACCCAUGCGCCAGAGCUAUUCAAGCUAUGGCAAUGGCGCUACACAACCAAGCGGAUGGGUUGAUCCGGCCGCGUACAAUGGCCCACAUAGGUCCUAA